GAUGUCGCCAGCUUACCCAGCAGUUUUUCCUACCACAAUGGAUCGACCUGGGAACAAUAUGUGCUGCGGUCGUUUCUUGCAAAGCAUGUGAUUGACACAGCAUGCUUGACAUUUCAGUUCUACCAACCUAUCUGACGCCCAACGCUGUGCCACAUUUCUUUCUGGGUGAAAUGAUGUACACACAUCAUUGGCACGAGUUGCAUCUAGUACAGCGCCACCAGGCAGACGAGCAGGGUUCGUGCCGCGCCGCGCUGCGCCACCAUGAACCCCGCCUCCACGAAGGGUGCGACUGUACGCGAAUCAGUUUUCCUAUCUCUCGCUCAGAUACAUCGUCGCCUCACUUUUUAUUGUUCGAUUCCCACUCGGCCAGCCUUGCGCAAUGAUCCCCGGACCGGACGGGUCACUCUGCACUAGCCGUCUUUGAUGGCCUGCCAUAAAUCCGCCAUGUACAGAUAGAUACAUAGCUCGACUACCGCGGCCGUUCCAGAG